AUGAAUAGUGCCACCUCUAGGGAGUUGCAAAUAGUCAAAUACUUCCUUCGGGAAGCCACAGGCUGGUUAUUGCGUCUAACGGUUUUCCCCAGCAGCACCGAUAUCAAAACCAAACUUGAAAGUCUACGCCGCGUUACUGAAUAUCAAAUGAACUUCGAGACUAUUGUUUCUGAUUUUCCUGAAGACCUGAGCUCGACACUGCUUUGCUCGGCAUUGUCAAUCCCUUUGACACCUGAAAGACUCUGGCUGCCUCUGUCGCAAUUUGUGAAUUGGUAUUGUCAUUGGGUAAUGAUCUGUCAUGAACCACGUGGUCAAUACCUUAAUGCAUAG